AGCACUGUUUGAGAAAGGGUCAGAAGAAAUUGCUGAAAGAGAGGAAAUACUUCAUUUGAGCAACAGUGCACCAGCUUCAAUAUUUAGUAGCAGUCUACUGGGAACGUUUGAGGAAUCUGUUUUAAAUGGUCGCCUUGAACCGGUUAGCACUGUGGAGGGCUUUACAGCUGAAAUAGGUGCCAGUGGGUCAUUUUGUCCACGUCAUAUAACUCUGCCAGUCACUGUAUUUUUUUACACUUUGCAAGACAUGGACAAAGUUACCUCUCCUUACCUAGGACAUAUUGACUUGCGGAGGAAAGAUUAUCAUAUUCCUAAGAAAGGGACAGUACAAGUGACAUUGUUCAACCCCCAUCAGACUGUAGUCAAGAUGUUUGUUGUUAGGUAUGACUUGAGUGACAUGCCAACUAACUGCCAAACUUUCUUGCGUCAGCGUACUCUAUACAUGCCGUCUGAUGCAACUGAAAGCGACACAGACGCACAGAAGUGGCUGCGAUAUCUCAUACACUUAAGGUUCAUGAGUUCAAAAUCUGGUCGGAUAUACCUUCACACGGAUGUUCGAGUGAUCAUCUUCCGCAAAAGUGACUUAGAUGCAGCCACGGUACAUGGGCAACGACCUUAUGAGCUCCGGUCUUUCAUUCAUGGGCCUAUCAAUCCCAAGUUCUCCUCGCACAAACCUUGAGCUUCGGGAAAGAUAGAAACCCCUAUCUGUGUACAUAGUGUUAGAAUACUCUUCCAAUUGUGAUCAAAUACAUAUGGCAUGUCCCCGUUUGACCUGGAAGACCUCUCUAUUUGCGAAACCUUUAGUCCCAGAUGCAAACUUCCACUUUCAAAAAUGGUCAAAAUAAUGUGCAGAGUUAAGAUAUGAACAGUUUGAAUUUAAAAAAUAAUUUAGUGAAAAAAUUACAAAAUCUAACUUUUUGUAUGGUCCCCAAUCCCCUACAUUGUAUUUAGGGAAAUCAAAAGCAUGAAAAAACAAUUUGAACACAAAAAGUUUGAAAUUUUAGUACAACCAACAUUCACGCAGAUAUGAAACUAAAAUUUUGUGACUCAUACCACUUGACACUUGCAUUGAAUUGCAUCUUUUUUGUUUUUGUGUGAGUGUGUGUGUAGGGGGGGGGAUAUAAGAACUAACAAGGGUUUAAAAUCAUAUGGGGGCAUAAAGUGUCUUUUUGAAUUGUACGAGCUUUUGUAGGAUUUUUACAUUUCAUAACAGAACAUUAGUAUUUCUUUUUCAAUAGCAAUAAAUUUUUUUUUUUUUUUACUUUGACAACCUGUCAUUCUUCUGAAAUGGGGAUAAGCUCCAAUCUCAUCUUUUGCACGGUCCCUCAAAACUUUAAACUCUACCUCCUUAAAUUUUGGCCGGAAAUAUUUCAAACUUUUUGUGUUGGCAUUUGUUUUUGAUGGAAAUUAUUUCCUUAGGUGUAAGUUACAGGACCAAAGAUCCGUAUAAAAUUUCGAUAUUUUUUUACUAAUUUUCUUUUUCGCUUCCUAUUUUCAAUACUUAAAGUUUACACCUCAUUUUGAACAUUUUUGCAGUUGCAAGUAUGCAUCUAGGACUAACGGUUACAAAAAUAGAGGUCUUGUAUUUCAUACGGUGGCAUGCUGUAUAAAUAUAUAUAUAUUAAGGCCUAGUAACAUGUUUAAUGAUGAUAUGGAGAUUUUUCAAAUAUAUUAAUACACAUAUACUUAGAGCUGUGGUUAACUUGUUGUCUAUAUAUAUAAAUUAUAUAUAUAUCUAUAUUAUCAAAGUAAAGGGUGCACUAAAAGAAUUUGUGUCUUUAUUUUUCUGUUUUGUUUAUUCACGGAAAUAAAGAAAUGAGAAGAGUGAAAAAAACAUACUUUUUUUUUUUGGAAAAUAUUUAUUCAAACCUGAUAUAUUAUGUACACAUUGAAAACUAUUCUUGAAAAGUACAGUUUUCUAUAUAGUUUUUAUAAAAAUUGAUCUUAAAACUACUUAUUUUUAGAAAAGGUGUUGUACUAUAAAUAGUUCUGAAAAGCAAGAGUUAUUUUUCAGAUGGAUGAUUCAAAGUUUUUUUUUCUGUUUCGAAGUACAUAACAAAUACAGAGUAAGAAAAUUAUUUAUGCUUUAUUUUGCUUUUCAAAUUCAUUCAUAAAUUCUCUCAGCAAAUGUGGCUGUUUUUUUAGUUACUCUAAAAAACUUUACAUUUGGUAUAAUGUUUAAGUAUUUACAAAAAGUACAUUGGAGACUUUUUUACAUAUGCACAUAACUUAGGAAACAUUCGUGCUUAAAUGCUCCUCAAAUUUAGAUUUUGUUGUAAUUUUUUAAAUAAAUGAAAUACACUCAAUUUCGUCUUAAAUUAAUCUAUGUGUGAAACAUUAUUUAAACUAUUUCUCUAUCAGAUAAACCCUUAAUACAAAAGCAGAUUCACUGGCCUAGCCAAUAAUUCUCUUCAAAGAUGAUUUUUUUCUGAUAAAGAAGAGUUUCAAAAAAUAAUUCAGAACUUUUCUUAAAAACUAAAUAUUUUUUUUUCUGUACAAUAAUCAUCUUCAGUUUUUAAAAUUUAGUUUCUCAGUAGAAGUUGCUACUGCUUGACAUAACUAUAGACUAAUUUUUUUCUGAAAAACUCUUCAAAAAUUCUCCUUACUUUGAAAAGUAAGAGAGAAAUGCUAAUUCUCAUCCAUUUUGUUUUUUAACUUUGAAAGAUUUCUUAAUGAUUAAAAAAAUGUAUUAAGACAAUAUAUAUGUAAGAAUCUGCUAUUGUAGUAACUAUUAUUGAAAUCCUUAGUCUGAAAGUGUUAAACUACUACACGAUAAAUUAAUUUUACUAAAUUCUGGAUUGUUGAAGUAUUCAGGUUUUUUUUUUAAAUUUAAUCUCAAAAUUUCAAUAUGAUUUUUGAAAAAAUAGCAGAUAAUAACAGUGUCACAUAAAUACAUUACUAUCUUAAAAUUGUCUUUUUGUUAUUGGCUACUGUGUCAUAUGUUCACAUAAUAGAUAAAGAGCAAAUAUAGUACAUGCAUAAAAGUAGUAAAGAACUUCAUCCAUCUGCGACAACUUUUGUGGUUUGAAGCAGAAGCAGUGUUAAAAAAGCAUUGGUAGUUGCUACAUUUGACAAAAUGAUAACAGGCGCUCAUAGGAUUAUAUGGAGAAAGAGAGGGGACUUUUUUUUGGUCGAGAGUAAUUUAGAACUUAUUAAAAGUCCUUACUUUCAUGUUAGUUUCAAAGCCCAUGCAUUCCAAAAAAAAAAAAAUCUUACUUACAAUAAUUCUAUGCUUUUAUUUAUUUCCUAUUUAAAGAAAUAUACAAAUGAAAUUCUGUAUGUUUUCUAUUUUAUGAAAUUUUCUGCAUCCCUUCUUUCUUCUACUCAUAUGGGCGCCCAUGAGAAUAAUGUAGUACUGAAAAACUUUGCAAACUCUACUUGUUGUCACAAUUCAGUCAGGUUAAACGAUUUCGUGAGUGCACAUAGUUGUUUUUCCCUACAUAUAUGCAGACAAAUUCUAUCAGUGGUAUCAAAAUGGCUGUCUGUGAGCUGCAGCUGAGCCCUAACUCUACUAUAUAUAGUUUGCAAUAACACUAUUAAUGCAUUUGAAUUAAAGUCUUUCUGUUCACAAAUUUAGAUUCAAGUUAAAAAGGUCCACCCCCCCCUCCCGCACCUUUAUUAUUUAUGGUUUGCUAAGAGCGAUAAAGCAUCUAAAGAAAACAAUAACUUAGUCAAAACAGUCUCAUAUGUAACCGCUGAAAAAAAGGAAAAUAAAAAGAAAAGUAAGGAAUAAAAAUCAAGUGAAGGAAAAGAGGAAAUACAGUUUAACAUUAAAAAAAAGAUUUUUCAUUAAAUUCAGGUUUAAAGCAAAUAUAGAAUUUUCAAACACAUUAUAAAUUUCCACAGACUUUUUUUUUUUACAAACCUAUUAUAAAUUUUCACCACAAACAAGUCGCUUAACUUUAAUGGUCCCAUAUAUUUAGAUUUGCACGUCAGAACCGCUGCAGACCUCCACCAGAGUUUCCUCUGGCCUCGUCCUGCCAUAUAUUUAGAUUAGGCUAUAUGUUGCUAUUUUUACUCAUAAUUUUAUUUACAAAAGGGGUAAAAAAGACCUCAGCUGCCUUCUGAUUUGUGUGCUAAGCCCACAUGCAGUAUGUAUUUGAAACCACUGACUUACAAUCUUAAUUCUUUAAUCAAUGGAAAUUAUUUUUGCUAAUCAAAUUUUUUUCAUUAAGUUUUUCAACAUUCAGUUUAUUAAUUAUUUGCGUAAAAAGGGGGAGACAUCCAAUAACUUGGGGUGGGGGGGGGGGAAUUCUGCCAAACGUAAUUUGUCUUUUUAACUUUCAAGAGUAUGGAAACCCCCAUUCUAUCAGCCCUAAGACUUUUCUAAACCUUACCAAUCUUUUUGAUACUCAUUAUAGCCUAUUGCAAAACUGACACACUGCAACUGGUUCUUUAACUCAUUUGCUGUAAGUAACAUAGUUAAGAUUUUGUUUUUUUAAGCAUUUAAAAAAAAUUCUAUCAUUUGUUGCUCAUAUUUAUGAGAAGGAAGUUCUUUUUUUUUUGCAUAUGUUAUCAAUAUGAAUACAUUCAUAUCUGUUUCCCAAUUGAUUGGUGUAAAAAUUCUGCUCCAUGCUUUGUUUACAUUUGCGAAAUAAAAUUUCAUUUAUAACACUACACUACCUGCGGUUUAACCAGCUCUGGUUUUUUGAUCUAGAGCAGGAGCACCCCCAAAAGUCUUGAUUGACGGGAACAUGGAGGUCUCUGUGACCACAACAGUUUUAAUGUGCGCCAGUCACCAUUAGCAUACAUGUUGGAUGUUUGAUAGGCAUCAAAUAAGGGACCCUAAGAACCAACUCCUUACCGAUUAGGCUACCACAGCUGCUCAUUCGUACCUGGCAUUGACAACAAGUUUGACAAAUCUUCAAUUUGGCAAGGUUUCACCCAAGUUACUGAGAGUCUCCCAGAAUAUAAUAACAUGAGUAAAUUUUUUCUUUGAUUCCGUCCUCUUAUUUAACUUUUUUUUUCCACCUCUUCCUCUCCUAAUGUUGUGAAUUAUUAGUUAAUGUUUAAACUCUGCUAUUUGCCGUGUCCAGUAGCAGUACAUUAUCAGACGAUGCUUUCCUUUUGCUGUCAGUCUUCAAUGAGAGCACGGAAAGCAUUUAUUGCCAAUAUCUAAUUACACUGUUUUCAUCUUACACUUAUUGCAAGAUAAAAUAGUGGCUAGAUUAUGUGUAAAGGCCAGGAUAUUAUUGCAAGGCAUGAAAUAUUUAAUUUAUUGUUAUUUGUUUUGUUGUAGCUCUCCAUAAAAUAUUGUUGUGUUGUUUGUCAUUUAUUAAUUUUAAGUAUAUGAAGUGUUUAGUUUUAAAAUCAUUUAAAGUAUUUAUUUUAACUGAAAUUCCCCAAUAAUUUUACUUAGAUAUUUACUUUGUAUCAUCUGUUUUAUUGUCGAGACUUAUAAAUAAUAAAGACUAAUUUUUAUAUAA